AUGAAAGUUCUAAAGACCAUUCUCGUUGAAACCUCAUCAUGCUAUCGGAAUACAAGACUUGCAAAGAGGACAAGUGUCCUCCUCAAUACCAAUCAUGCCUCGGGUAGUAGAUCAACAUCAUCAGUGUUAGGAUCGUUGUUGCAUAGCAAUCCUGCGCAUCUUGCUCAACAAGAAGCAUACUUUUCAUUGUGGUUGUCAAAAGCAAUGCACGGCAAUCAUGACCAUGAUGAUCAUCAUCACGACAUUAUUUCGGAAGAAGAGUUAUUACCAACACCAAAGAAAACAAUUAUCAACAUUCGACAGCCACCCAUUCCGACUUCAGAAAUUGAUUUUGCGAAUGUUGUUUCGGAUUCUGAGGGAUCUGCUCAUCCAACCAUUCAAUCCGAAUUAAACUCCCUAAAAAGCGAAAGAGCAGAGGAACGGAAAAAACGAAGAGAAAGAACUGCCAAUUAUCUACAGCAACCCAUAGAGGAAAGAAUUAAAGUCUUGUCCAAGUAUUUUGGAGGACAAAUACCGCAGUUAGGUGUUCCAGUCAACUUGACCCGAGAACAAAUUAUUAGUGUGUUGAAUAUGGAGAGUUUGGUCGAUCAGAGAGCUCUUUUUGACUAUGCAAACUCCAUCACAGAAUCCAUCUAUGGUAAUAAGGUGUAUUUUAGAGGAAUUAUUGAAUUUUCGAACGUAUGUCAAAAAGAUUGUAAAUAUUGUGGAAUUAGAAAACACAUGAAAGUCCCUCGAUAUACCAUGCCAAAGGAAGAAAUUAUUGAACAAGCGGUUUGGGCCUAUGAAAAUCAUUUUGGAUCCAUCAUGUUGCAAAGCGGAGAACUCAACACUGAGGGAAGAAUUGCCAUGUUGGAGGAGGUCAUUCAUGAAAUUAAAAAGAGAACAGGAGGUGGUGGUCCAGGUGAAUGGAACAAGGGUCUUGGAAUUGCUUUGGGAGUUGGAGAGUUGGGUAGAGAAUCCUAUCAGAGACUGUACAACGCAGGAGCUCAUCGAUACUUGCUUCGUAUUGAGACCUCAAAUCCAGAACUCUACAAAAAGUUGCAUCCCAAUGAUUCGAAGCAUGUUUGGGAGGAGCGACGGGAUUGCUUAAAGACACUCAUGGAUAUCGGUUAUCAAACAGGUACUGGUGUCAUGAUUAUGAUUCCUGGACAAACAGUUGAGGAUUUAGCGAGUGACUUGCUCUUUUUCCGUGACAUUGGAGCAGACAUGAUUGGAAUGGGACCUUAUAUUGUUCAAGAGGACACACCGAUUGGAGAAGAAUGGAUGAAGCUUUAUGGGCACCUGAAUGAAGAGGAGAAAAAAGAGUACAAUCGAAAAUUAUUCCGAUUAUCCUUGAAAAUGACAGCACUUGCAAGAAUUCUCAUCCCUGAAGCAAACAUCUCUGCAACCACGGCCUUGCAAGCGAUCAAUCCAGCAGGUAGAGAAAUUGCUCUCAACUCUGGUGCUAAUAUGGUCAUGCCAAUCAUUACUCCAACCAAAUACAGAGUCAAUUAUCAGCUCUAUCAAGGUAAACCUUGUAUUGAUGACACGAAGGAGGAAUGCAAACGCUGUUUGACAGACCGAGUCAAAUGGUCGAACAAACAUCUCAUGCUUGACGAAUGGGGAGAUCCCAUCAGCUACUUUAAAAAGAGACAAAUGCAAGUUCCAACAAAGUAA